UGAUUAACUGGUUUUUUUUUCUUUUAAUAUUUAUAUAUCCGGUCAGUGUUUAUAGGCUGACCGGAAGCAGCGGUUGUAGUAGUUCCGGUAGAGGAGCGGUUUGGAGUUUAACGAUGACGGCGGCGGUGUUUUUCGGCUGUACUUUUAUCGCCUUCAGUCCAGCUGUAGCCUUGUUUCUGCUCACCAUCGCCCGGGAUCCUCUGAGGGUCAUUUUCCUCAUCGCGGGGGCGUUUUUCUGGCUCGUGUCCUUGCUGCUGUCGUCGUUGGUGUGGUUCGUCGCUGUACAGAUCAGUAAUAAAGACAGCAGCUCACAGCAGAAAGGACUGCUCGCCUUCGGAGUUCUGCUGUCCGUCCUGCUGCAGGAGCUCUUCAGAUUCGCCUACUACAAACUCUUAAAGAAAGCAAAUGAGGGACUGCUGGCCAUCAGCCAAGAGGAGACCAUGCCCAUCUCCGUCCGCCAGCUGGCUUACGUGUCUGGUCUGGGAUUCGGGUUGAUGAGCGGAGCGUUCUCGGUGGUUAACAUCCUGUCUGACUCUGUGGGUCCAGGGACUGUGGGCAUCCACGGAGAUUCACAACAUUACUUCAUUUCUUCAGCCUUCAUGACUCUGGCUAUAAUCCUGCUGCACAUGUUCUGGGGCGUGGUCUUCUUCGACUCUUGUGAGAGGAAGAGGUGGUGGUCACUUGGAGCCGUGGUGUGCAGUCACCUGUUAGUGUCAUGCUUGACCUUCGUGAACCCGAGGUAUGAAGGCAGUCUGAUCCCCACCUACAUGCUCCUGUGUGUGAUGGCCGUCUGGGCGUUCUUCUGUGCAGGUGGCUCCAUGAGGAACCUCAGACUUUGUCUCACCUGCAGGGACAAAGACUUUCUCCUGGUCAACCACAGGCCCAGAUAACAGACUCUGUCUCUCUCUCUCUCUCUCUCUCUCUCUCUCUCUCUCUGUCUAAAGACUGGAGUUCAGGGAGUUCACAGAUCUUUAAAUCCUGGACUUCUUGUUAGGUGGACGCUGUGGGACAGGAGGGGUUUUCUCUUUGUGUGCACUGUAUUUUGUACCUGUUCCCUUUUCUGUCCCUGUACCUCAACUCUUUAUUUCUGUGUGAGACAGAAUGAGAGCGAAUCGUAAAAAAAACACUUUAUUUUAUUGUUUUCUCUUAUUGCUGGUUUUGUCCGUGUUGAUUCUCUGUUCCUUUGUGCGCUUCUUUAUAAAUUAUUUAAGAUCUUUAGAGAUCCACACGAGAGACGAAACCCUGGUCAUCGGGUCAGUAAGCGGCUACGGAAGCCCGGAGAGGACUUCACAUGUUUCUGUGGGGUUUUAUUUUUCUUUGCUUCGAGGUCUUUUGAGAAAACAUGUUUUAUGUAAAUGUAGUCCUGAAACUAAAACACUUGAAUGAUGAUGAUGAUGAUGAUGAUGCUGAGGGAAUGUCUCUCCCAUCUAUAUCCUAACUCUUUAAUUAAAAUGAUUUGUCUAUAAAGAUUAUAACCGAGAACUAUGAACUAAACUCAAGGGCACACUAUCAGUAUUCCAUAACCCUGAUUUAUCUGUGUUUUAUUUAUACUUGCUAUGUAAAUCUUCAUGUUUACACACGUCGUCAUGGUAACAUCUCAGACAACCACCUGCGAAGAACAACGCUGUUCACUUUAUACACUAUAUUGCCAAAAGUUUUGGGACACCCCUCCAAAUCAUUGAGUUCAGGGGUCAGGCUCGGCCCCUUAGUUCCAGCGAAAGGAACUCUUAAUGCUUCACCUUCACACCAAGACAUUUUGGACAAUUUCAUGCUCCCAACUUUAUGGGAACAGUUUGGGGAUGACCCCUUCCUGUUCCAACAUGACUGUGCACCAGUGACCAAAACAAGGUCCAUAACGGUAUCUGCAGGUUUCUAAGUGCUAGAUUUAAGACCUUUUCAAUACCAUGCAGGAUGAAAUUUAAGACCAAUCUUGUAAUACAUUUUGCAAACAUCACACAAUUAAACCAGUUACCUUAACACACUGUUUAUUGAUAUACAGAAUGAGUGAAACACAAAAAUAAACUGCAAAACAGUCUUUGCACCAGUCGAUUCAUGACCAUUGUCUCCUGCAGGUCUCCACUUCUUUGUCAAUGGAGAAUCCUCAUGGGACAGGAGAAGCAGUUUCCUUCAAAAGCUCCACAUCUAGCCUGGUCUCUGUGGGUGGGUAUGAGAGAAGGGUCUCGUUUUCAGCAGAUAAGAAGUCACUAAUCUGCUGGAUUAUCACCACCUACAGAAAGGAGAAAAGUACUAUUAAUUUUUAUUUUUAUAAAGUAUGCAUAUAUACAAAUCAUGUAUAACUGAGCAGUGACCGGUGAAGUGAAUAAGACUGAGUAUCUUCUCAUCAUGGCACCUGUUAGUGGGUGGGAUAUAUUAGGCAGCAAGUCAACAUUUUGUCCACAACCUUUUGUUAGAAACAGGAAACAUGGACAAGUGUAAGGAUUUGAGCUUUGAGUUUGACGAAGGGCCAAAUUGUGAUGGCUAGACCACUGGAUCAGAGCAUCUCCAAAACUGCAGCUCUUGUGGGGUGUUCCCGGUCUGCAGUGGUCAGUAUCUAUCAAAAGUAUCCAUUAAGUCCUUUAAAUUCUGUAAGUUGCAAGGUGGGGCCUAUGGAGGCUUCACCUCACAACUUACAGGACUUAAAGGAUCUGCUGCUAACGUCAUGGUGCCAGAUCCCACAGCACACCUUCAGGGAUCUAGUGGAGUCCAUGCCUCGAUGGGUCAGGGCUGUUUUAGCAGCAAAAGGGGGACCAACACAAUAUUAGGCAGGUGGUCAUGCCUGAUUUGUGUAAAGUAUUAAUACAUAACAUUUACACAAGCCAUUUUCUUACAUUUAGAAUAAUAGCAUAUUUCCUAACUUGCUUUACGACACUGAUAGAACUGAACUUUUCUUUCCUACCCACAGAGACACCGCUGGACAACUGGUGGGCUUGCAAAAACUUCUGCACCAGUUUUUAGUCCUAUUGCUCUUGCACCGGUCAGGGUCCGACAUCAUGCUGGGAUCCAAACAGUCCACCUGACUCACUACAGGAUACUUUAAUGGGCUCUUGUCCUGUACUUUCUGGAUGAUGGUAGACAUGACUUUGACAAAGUCUUUCCUAAACUCCAGAACCUUGAAUUCCUUUUUCUGUUUCAGUAGUUCCUGAUGGGAGGAUGUAAACAACCUAUUAUAACCUAUUAUAACCUAUUAUAACCUAUUAUAAAAUCAAGCUGAAUCCAUCAAAAUAACUUGGCGAAAACAAUACCAUAAGAGUGAUUCUGCACCCAGGCCUAUGUUUACUUCCUUUGGGUUGACCCAGCUCUGCUUGUCAGUGCCAUCCAACCUGACCAGCUGAAGUGGACCGAUAUCCUUGAGUACCUCUUUCUUGAAAAAAAUCCUCCGAAGCUCUCUCCACAACUGGUAGAUAUAUAUAUAUAUAUAUAUUAAAAUUACAUUUACGUGUAUGUGCAAUGUCAAGGAUUUACUGAUAGUAUUUUUCCCCAAAUGUUUGACAUUUCUCAGACAGCAAAUAAAACAUGUUCUAUUAAAGUCAGAGAUUAGAUCUUGUUAAUGAAACAAACAAAAUCAAACAUUUUUAUAUGGAAUGUGUAUUUUAAAUAUUUAUACAUACACUCCAGAUCUGAUAAGAAUAAUUAUUGCUUGCUAUGAUACAUAGGGGCAGCAUUGUGGCUUAGUGGUUAGCUCUGCCUCACAACAAGAAGGUCCUGGGCCGAAUCCCAGGUUCAAACAGACAGGGGCCUUUCUGUGUGGAGUUUGCAUGUUCUCCCCGAGCCUGCGUGGGUUUACUCCGGGUACUCCGGUUUUCUCCCAUAGUCCAAAAACAUGUACAUUAGGUUUAUUGGUAAUUCUAAAUUGCCCACAGUAGUGUGUGUGAGUGUGUGUGGUUGUCUGUCUAUAUGUGUGACCCUGUGAUGGACUGGUGGCCUGUCCAGGGUGUACCCCUGCCUUUUACCCAAUGUGUGCUGGGAUAGACUCCAGCAGAUCCCCGCUUUAUUAGGAAUAAAGCGGGUAUAGAAAAUGGAUGGAUGGAUGUUACAUAAAAAUUAUUUGUGAUGGGUUGGUACUUACUUUGUAAUGGUGAAGCAAAUCCUGAGCUGUCCCAUGAAUUGUGACCCUACGUAUCUUGACUGGACGACAUCCUGUCCCCAAUAUCGGACAUGAAAUUCCAACUGAUUACUUUUGGACGUUUCAUUAAGGCUCUAAUCAAACAUUAAAACAAACAUUUCCUAGUUAACAUCUGCAAUGAGGAGCUUGGUUAUGGCAGGAGCCAGUCCAAAUUGUUGCAAUUGUAUGUAUGUCUUUGCCGCACGCAAAUAUAUGAGCGAUUUCAGAGUCAGGAAACAUGGACCAUCUGCCUUUCCAUGCACAUGAAUGGAAUAUGGAGUUGUCCCGCCCUUUAGAACAGCUUCAACUCUUCUGGGAAGGCUUUCCACAAGGUUUAGGAGUGUGUUUAUGGGAAUUUUUGACCAUUCCUCUAGAAGCACAUUUGUGAGGUCAGGCACUGAUGUUGGACGAGAAGGUCUGGCUCACAGUCUCCGCUCUAAUUCUAUGUUCUA